CUUUCCAUUUCGCCAUUUUCUUGCUCUCCACCGGUGAUCAGCCUCCUGUCGGAUUCGUGACCAACUCUUGUGCUCUGCUCCUGAUACUACAAGACCUGUCAACGUGGAAUAGACACCCUUUAGUGCCUAAAACUGAACAUUUAGACUUUUCUACCUUUACUUUCAAGUGUCCUAAACGCACAGAAGAAUGUCCGCCCAGAGCCCCGAGUACUCUCCCUUCUUCGCAGUGAUGGGUGCCUCAGCAGCAAUGGUGUUCAGUGCAUUGGGUGCUGCAUAUGGGACAGCCAAGAGUGGCACAGGGAUUGCCGCCAUGUCAGUGAUGCGGCCAGAGCUGAUCAUGAAGUCUAUCAUUCCUGUGGUCAUGGCAGGUAUCAUUGCCAUCUACGGCUUGGUGGUGGCUGUUCUCAUUGCCAACAACAUUUCUGAAACAGUCACGCUCUACAAGAGUUUCUUGCACCUUGGUGCCGGGCUGAGUGUUGGUCUGAGUGGUCUAGCAGCUGGCUUUGCCAUCGGUAUUGUGGGUGAUGCAGGAGUCCGGGGAACAGCCCAGCAACCUCGCUUAUUUGUGGGGAUGAUCCUCAUCCUCAUUUUUGCUGAGGUUCUGGGGCUCUAUGGGCUUAUUGUCGCUCUGAUUCUUUCCACCAAGGGUUAAUUUUUUGCUGGUAUCUUCUCUACAUAUGAACAACCAUCAAACACACAAGCACCAACACAAACAUCCUCCUAAUGAAAUGAUGAGAAACGACGAGAGAGGAAUAUGCGUGCAUGCGUGUACUGUUGUGAGUGUGCUGUUUGCAAAUGAAUGUAUGAUUGAAUUCUCCUCUCUGUGUAUAGUAGCCUGAUGUGCGUUCCCCAUGUAAAUGCGCUAUAUAGAUAUUGCUCUCGUCCUGUGUGCGUGUUCAGAUAGAUGCCCUCCUAAGCUACAUCCGUUUGUCAUCUUUUAUUUUGUCAUAAUUUUAUUCUUGUUUGGAGAAAAAAAAUCAACUGUUUGCUUUUUUGUUUUUUUUCUCACUUUUGGGACCAUUAAAAUUCAGACACUGAUGUUGAGGACCUAAAUGUAAAAUAAAGAUGGAUUAUUGCUGUUUGUAUUUUUUUUUUUUUUUUUUUUUUCUGCUGAUUAUUUAUGAAGAUUUUGAAAUGUUCAUUAAACAGUUUAAAUGGAUCAAAGUCUUUAUUGAAAUCCUGAAUAUAUAAAUACAAUAUGUGAGUGUGUGUGUAUAAAAUAUAUAUAUAUAUAUAUCUGUAUAGGUAGUUGAAUUGCACUGUGGGAAAUUUGUGGAGACCGUUGUCUUAUCAAGGUAUUGAUGUGCAAGUUUACUAGGUGUGAGUGUGAAAAGAAUGUAUACACAUGUAUGUUUGUGAGUGUGUGUGUGUGUGUGUGUAUUUUAGCUCUUAACAUAACAUUCUUCAGACGUGUAGCAUUUUAAUUAGUUACUUCUGGUUCCACUAAUGGGUAAACACCAGUGCAGCUUAUCCAGUUUCGAAAUAAAUCUUCCUC